CUACUACUAUUACUACCACUACUACUAUUCUACAACUACUAUCACACUAUUAUUGCUAUUACUAUUACUACUACUAACAUUAAUAUCGUCCAAUCUCCCAAAUUGUGUAAUAACGGUCGACGUACAUACGUGCAAUUAUUUUCAAGUAGAUAUAAUGAUAAAUACCCCGCUAUAUACCAAAUCUUUAAGCAUUAGCGUCGUGAAUUAACAAAAUUCAUUGUUAAUGUUGAUGUUUUACGGGACAACGUCAAUUCUGCAAGAAUAUCACUUGAUAGCAACAACAACAACAAUAACAACAACGACGACGACGACGACGACGACAUUUACUUCUUAUUAAAAUAGACACAUUUAGAGUAGAUUUUCACGCGUAGUAGACUCCGAUGUCAACUACAAAAAAAAAAAAAGAGCGAAAAAAAUAAAAAGAAUAGGAAUAAAAGAAGCAAACGGCACACGUUAUGGUAGAUCAUACGGGGAACAUGCAUUUGUCAUGUUCUUAUAUUGUCGGUAUCUGACAUUCUUUUCUUUUACUCUGUGACGUAAGAUACCUAGGUAGAUAUUUUGCUACAUCCAUAUGACGUAAUGUGAUAACGCGUCGUAAGGCAUCGUCGCUAUGAUUUAGAAUAAUUCUUAGAAAAGAAGUCCUUGAGUCCUCCGUAAUGCAUUGGCGCAUACGAUGAAUUAUAACGAUAUAUAAAAUGGCGAUAUACAUACAUAUAACGAAAUGGUAAAAAUAACCUACAUAUACAUAUGGAAGCUAGAGUAUUUCGUCUUUUCGAGAACUGCCAGAGUUUUGCUAAAGAACUUUGGACGAAAUUAAUGCAUUUUAUCCAAAAAAAAAAAAAAAUAAAUAAAUAAAUAAAUAAAUAAAAAAGAGAGAGAGAAGAGGUUAGAGGGGAAAACAUAAGUAAUGGCGGCAGAUCGCUUGGAGAUGUUCUUUUGAAAAGAAUGUGCGCGCUAGGUAGAAAUAUUCUUUGAUAUAAAAUAUCUCUACGUAUCUUACAAAUUUUAUUGUCACGAUAUUCAAGAUUCGGUAAACCAAGGGAAAAAGAUGGGCGGAGAAGGGGUACGGUAAAACACAAAAAAAUACAAAGGAAGAAAAGAAGAUAAAAGAAAACCAAAAUAGAAAUUUUGAAGGCAUCGGCAACUUUACGUCUAUCUUCCAUUUAUCUACAUACAUGAAUCGUAAAGAGAAGAACAAAUAGGAUUAAUAUAUUUGUAGUUGAAGUGCAAGCGUAACACAAGUGCGAUACACAUAAAUAUUUAUUGAUUAUUGAUCUUAAUAAUUGUACUAUGAUUACUAUUAUUAUAUUAUGUCUAUUAUUAUGAUUAUUUAAUAAGAAAAUGACGUCUUUCUACUAUGACUGCUUCCCACGUUUCAACGUAUACAUUAGGUUCAUUCAUGUACUUGUACUUUCAAAUCCAUACAAUCGUAAUGUAAUACUAUUUCGCUUUAAAUGAUACAUGGAUUUUACUUUUGAUUCAGCUUUGCGGUCUAUAUAAAAUUCAUUGCUCCGUUAAUAUUUUCUAACAAGAUACGUCGAACGUUGACAAGAUCUGUUCGAAUAAAAAAAAAAAAAAAAAAAAAAAAAAAAAAAAAAAAAAGAGAAAAAAAGAAAAAAGAAAAAAUAAAAUAAAACCAAAAGAAAGAAAGAAAGAAAGAAAGAAAGAAAAAAAGAAAAAUCUAUUUGUAUCAUUAUUGCGAUUUCGUAGGUUGAAAUAUAAAUAUGUCGAACGAAAACGCUUUAAAAGAACUUCUAAAAGGAAACGUCUAAAGGAUUUAUACGGUCGGGCAUUUUUUAAAGAAUUGUUAUAUAUCCACUAAUUGCUUUUAUGCUCCUAUUAAACGAAAAUAAAGAAUUAAAUUAAUAGAUACGAAUAUGACGAUAAUUAUGUUAAGCGUUAAAAAAAUCAUUAUAACGUUAUCACAUUUUUCGACGCAGUAUCUAAUUUGCCAGGUAUUUCUUUCUCUUUUUUUUCUAAUUUCUUUUUCUUUUUUUUUUUUUUUUUUAUCAUCUCACCUUACGAGCUAUGCAUUUAAAUUAAUGAAAGCCCAUAGAAAUUGUUUUAUAUUUUUACAAUAGUAAUCGUAGCUUAUCGGUUCUGUGCCACGCGUUGCCUGUGCCUUUAAGAUAAGAAAGCUGCGAAUAUUAUUUAAUCUCAUUAUUGAAUUUGAUUUAAUAAUCCUUAGAAUAAAUAUAAUAAUAAUAAUAAUAAUAAUAAUAAUAAGAAUAAUAAUAAUAAGAAUAAUAAAAAUAAUAAUAAAAGAAACAAAAAACAAAGAGAAAGAAAGAAAAGCAAUUUGUUAUCUAAGUCAGAAUGGGCUUCCCUUAAUUAUUAUUUUCAAGUUCUUACCGUUGAAAUGCUGCCAAGAUGCGACAAAAAGGGAAAUGCUUGAAACGAAUGAAAGGGGGGUGGGAAGAUUAGAAAGAGAAGAUAGAUAGGAUAGACUCGAUCGGAAAUAUAUAAAAAGUUAUCUAGCGAUGUAAGGUAACGUAUAAAUAAUUAAUUAGCCAGCGCCGGGAACGAAGGAAAGGUAGCGCUAACGAAGGUGAACACCUGCACGUCUGUAUUGUUAUCUGAUCACACAAAGCAUACAAAGAAAGAACGAAGAGAAAAAAAAACAGCAACAACAAACAAUAUUUAAUAUAAUUGACGAUUUCAUUAAUAUUGUACCGUACUAUUAUAAAUUACGUUGAAAACGAUGAAAAAAAAAGGGAAGAUUACGAUUAUCUAAAGACCUAUCCAAACUACCUUGUGACUUCCUUCCUUGUAAAAUUUUUAUAACAAUGUCAUGUUCUUUUUCAUCGGAAAAUGUCUUGCGAUUUUUUGGAAUAUUGCAAAGAAAGGAAAAAACGGAAAUUGCUAUAUUCUACAAGAAUAAGGAUUAUCUUGUACAUUUGACAUUGACCAGUACCGUUUAUCGAUUGGCACGAAACGGGGUGCCAUGUUUGCGAGGCGCCACACACGCGGUAGGCCUCUCUUUCAUUGCAGGCCAACGGUUCUCGUUGUCCAUUCGUGUAACCUAACGUUACAUCGGUGCAUCUCGUUUAGUCUCAUAAACGUCGAAGAUAAAUGAUUUUUUAAUCUCGCCGAUCUCGACGGUUUCAUCAUCGAAAAAAAUCUAAUCGAUACACCAUACUUAUCGGCAGUUCUCGACCCAAACGAAAACUGAGUGCUCUUGAAGCCCGUUCGAACAACGAACUUCUUUCUUAAUUCACAUAAUACGUUUAAAAAUAAUGUCACGAAAAAAGCAAUCGUCUUCGGACGAUCGUUCGAUGAAAAAAGAUCAAGAUGACUUGAGUGGUUCCGUGGUAGCCUCACUGGAGCGCGAAAAUUUAAACGAGGACGAUUCCGUUCCCGAGAUCGUUUUAUCGAACAAAGGUGGUCCAAAAUUGAUUCACAAUGGUUACAUGUACACGAUGCACAAAAAACAGCCGCAACAUAUCCGUUGGAGAUGCGUCGGUAGAACGACCUAUUGCAGGGGAAGUCUCAUAACAACAGAAAAUUGUACGAAGCCGCGAAUAAGAAUGGAACAUAAUCAUAAACCGGAUUUCGCAGCUGCUCAAGUAGCAAGAAAACGUUAUCUGGCACUUGGGAAACCACGUGUAUUGAUGAUGUCGUCUGAAGAAAGAGGAAACAUUCAUCAACCAUUCGAUGGGACGGAAUCCGUCGCAAUCUUAUCUAGAAGAAGAACAGACGAAGUCGAUAAAUGUAAAAACCAUGACGAUCGUCAGCGAUGGGAGAAGCGUACAGCUGUACGAAAAAUUUUACAGUCCAACACACCUGCCUCGCAAUCUAACACGACCACCACUAAAACCAUCAGAAUAGCAGCUCAAUCGUUCGUGAGACCACAUAUUAGGAAUAUCGCGCCAGCACCAUCGCCACAACAACAACAACAGCAACGACAACCAAAGACUCUUGUAUUAAAAACUAUACCGUUAAAGGUGAAGCAGGUUGCGCCAACGACGAUCAAGAUGCCACCGAGACAAACUCCACAAGGCGUGCCACAAAAUAUUGUGCAUCAACAACCCACCGAGGUUUGUCUAAGGUGGAAUAGUUAUCACAGUAACAUGCAGAAUAGUUUCCCAUCCCUUCUGGAUUCGGAACAAUUCGUUGACGUAACCUUAGCUUGCGAAGGACGGUCUCUGAAAUGUCACAAGAUGAUAUUAUCCUCGUGUAGCGAUUAUCUGGCAGAUUUGUUGCGAGAAAAUCCUUGCCAGCAUCCUAUCAUUUUAAUGAAAGAUCUCAAAUUCUGGGAGGUUGAAGCACUGGUCAAAUUCAUGUAUCGCGGUGAAGUUAACGUUGCUCACGACAAAUUACCUCAAUUAUUAAAUGCGGCCGAAGCGUUACAGGUUAAAGGAUUAGCUGGUCCUAGUCCCUCCUCUCAGAACUCGAAACCACCGAUGCUUAUACCUCAAACAAAACCGUUAAUAUCUCAACCAGUAGUGCCACAUAUCGUACCAGAAACCAAAGAGAACAAGCCUUCCGCUUCUGGCGUUCCUACUCCUUCUAGUCCCAAACGCGCGCAGAAAAGACAACAAUCGGAACCUCCUGAGCCACGGCCAUUCACAAAAAUUCGCUUACAAAGACCUGCCACGCCAACGUCUCCACCUACGACAGUAAAAACUGAACCCUUGGAUAUACCUCUGAGUCCCACCGAAAUAUUUCCGGAAAGUAACGAGGAUAACUCCAAUCCAGUGAAUUUUGAAAAGCUUAUUAGUUUUCACGAGGAAGAUGAUCCAGGUGGUGAUGAUCUCAACGAUGAAAACAGAGAAAUUAAUUUCUGCGAGAUACCUGGUCCACCGGAUUUGAAUGAUUGCGAAGAUCAAAUGGAAUUUGUACCUACCGACUUUCUAGAACAAGAACAGGAUAUUGUUGAAGAAUCGGAACCAAGUUGUAAUAAAGAUAGUAAAGAUGACUUAAGCGAUCGUAGUUCUGUUGAUGCUGGGGAAGGCGAUGACGAGCGAGAUGGAGAAGAAGAAGAAGAUGUAUGUUCGAAGGAGAACAAGACAGAGUAAAACAAUUUUACCUGUUAUCGUUAAGAUACAACCGAAUGACAAUUCGAUCGAAAGCGAAAAAAUAAAUACGUUCGAACAGCGUCAUUGAUUUUCUGCGAAUAUUAUUGUUAAUAUUGUUAUAAAAUUUACAGUAAGUCGAUCAUAAUAUUUGUCAUCUUUUAAAUUGACUUAACAUACAAAUUCGUACAAAGAAAUUUUUCUAUGAUGACAUUAUAUGGAAAAAUAUAAACUUUUCUUUUUCUUUUUUUUCUUUUUUUUUCUUUUUAUUAUUUUUCUUUGGCACAACAUUUUCGUUAUGUAUAUAUAUAUGAAGAAAAUUUAUGUCGAUCAUUUGCUCUGAAAAAAAUAUAUAAACGUGUUCUAUCAAUUAUCGUGAUAUUUUCAGAAUCGAAGUGCAUUAUAAUAAUAUCUAACGGAAAUGAUUAUUUAUUUUUUUCUUUUUGUUAGACUUGUUUCAAAUCUUGUAAUCGGAAUUUAUGCGUUUUUUGUGUGAUCUAAGCGUAAUCUAGAUAUUUUAAGAAUUAGAAGGAUAUAAUGAUAUUCCACUUGCUUCCAACUUACAUAUUAAAUCAUUGUCUCGUUAAUGAACGAUAAAUCAAAGCUAUCGAUAGCGAAAACCGUUUGACGACUUUAAACGAUACGCCAAAGAAUCGAGCGUGAUAAGAUGAAACAUUUUUUUUAAAUUAUAAAGCUUUCGCGCGAGCUAAAUCAUUAUACUUUUCUAUUAUCAUUUAUUUUCAUUGUUAGCCCUUAUCGGUCGUAUAUUACCUCUGACGUAACUUCGUAACUUUAUCAGUCAUAUUUAACGUGAGAGGUGACAAGACUGAACAAGUAAAAAUCUGCUGAUUGCCAAAUGUACGCUUUUAUCCAAAAUACUUGCUUUUAGAUUUAAACACUUAUACUUUAAUAGGCAACACGUUCAAUAAUACUUCAGUGAUCAUUUCUUUAUAUAUGUUUGAAUAAUUUAUAAUACUAUAUAAUAACAGUGAUAAUAUUUAAAAUUUAUGAAAAUUUCGUAGGUUUGGAUUCGAAGUAAUUUCGAAUAUCCGUGCAAUCUCUAUCUAGAUAAUAUUAAAGAUAAUCUUUUUAACAAGUUUUUCCUAUAAAAUUUCACUUUUCUUUUUUUAAAUUUUCAAAAGAUAGCGUUUUUUAGCAAAUUUUUUGAAUGCUGCAUUUCUGAAUCAAAACCAAUAUAUUAAUAAUAAUUUAGAAACAAGUGUAGGUAAAAUUUAGGCAAAAAUAAUGUGUUUUCAAUACGAAACACCGAAUAAACUUCGACACGUUAAGAACAAGUUAUAUACAAAACACUCCGAUAAGGGUAACGAAUAUUUUAUUUUUUAUAUUUAAUUAAACAUAAUAUACAUAGAACAUUCUAUAUAAUUAUUUAUUUUUGAAGAUAAGUAUUUUCUUCUCUGUUUGAUGCACAUCGAUAAAAACGACAUGCUUGGCAUUCGAUGGAAAUGCAUUUAAAUAUCAUAUGAAUUCGUCGAAAAUUUAUGUAUCUUCUUUCGGCGUUAACAUUCUAUUUGAAAAAGAAUCGAUGCAUUUAUACAAAUUAGAAAUAAAUUAAGAAUGCAUCCGAUUAUGUGUGAGUAGAUUGAUCGCAUGUCUAAAAUAUUUUAUAUUAUACCUUCGUUUGAAUCUUAGAUUCUAGAUUGUUGUACACGUUUAUUUCACAUUUCAAAGAUCGUGCAUUACCUCUUAUUGUAAAAAUUCUAAUAAAUAAGCGAAGAAGAUUGUUUUCUUACUCGAAAAUAAUACCGUAUACGUGUUAAAGAGCGGUAUCGCGCAAAUAUUCAAUCGAUCGCACGAUGUCGAUUCUAUGAUUGGAAAGUAUAUGUACAUUGUAAUAUGUGAAAUACUAUGUCUUAUAAAUAAACAGCUAUUACAACGUA